AUGCCCAAAUGCCCAUUCCAUAAAAUUGUCAGCUCAACCACUGGAGACAAUUUGCUUUUUGUUUCUGGGUCCAAGUUUUUGCUAGUUGAUUCAAACAAUGGAUCCAUUUUGGCAGCUGUAGGAGCUACUGAAAAGGAAGUAACUGAUCAGUAUCCUGAUGCAGAAUGGAUUUCUCAAAAUCUUCUUUUCAAUCAGUCCAUCAGUGGUAUUGGAUGGCAUCAAUCAUCCAAUACUCUUGCAAUCACCAACAAUAACAAGGAUAUGCAGCUAUGGCGAAGAAUUCCAGGAAAAUCAUGGAAUCUGCUAAAUACAAGACCGAUUAUCAAGAAAACCCAAUGCAUUCUGUUCAGUCCAUGUGGAGAAUAUGUGUUUCUUGGAGAUAAAUUUGGAGAUGUGUAUCGCAAUGCUGUGGAAGAUCCCAAAAAGCCAGCAGAGUUGAUUCUUGGACAUGUUUCAAUGCUUACCGACAUGUCUUGGUCGCAAGAUGGAAAGUAUAUCAUCACUGCUGAUAGAGAUGAAAAGAUUAGAGUAUCCAAAUACCCACACGCAUUUGAUAUUGAGCGAUUCUGCCUUGGACACGAACAGUUUAUCUCUCGUAUAUUGGUACUUUCGAAUGUUGUAGUUUCUGGUGGUGGUGAUCCAUUUCUGAUUGUCUGGGACUAUCUGGCUGGAACUAUUUUGCAAAAGCUGACCGUUCUGGAUGAUAAGGUUGACAUGAAAAAUACUAGUGUUCUAAGUAUUGAGUAUUGCCAUACUUUUAAGCUCAUUGCGGUAAUUUUUGAACAUCUUAAUACUGUGCUUAUCAUUGAUGCAUCAAAUGAGCGCAAGCUGGUCAUUAAGCAGAGUUUAGAAACCAUCCACCAUCCUGUAGACAUUUGCUUUGAUCGUAGCGGAAAACUGUGGAUGUCGGUUGUUGCUCCAGAUAAUGAACCUUCUGUUUACAUUUCAGAAUAUAUAGAUGAAAAGUAUACUGCAUUGAUUUCUACCCACAAUCUGCUGAUGGAUGAAUUGCCGUUAGUCUUUGAAUUUCACAAAUUACGCAAAUGGUCGGGAACUUCAAGCUACCAUGAUCAAAAGAAUGCACAAAAGAAGCAGCGCGAUGAAGUGUUUGCUGCUGGAAAGAAACGACAGAAUCCCAAAGAGGCAUUCAAGCCAAAGAAUGGAACAAUGAAAGAAAGCGACGAUGCCCAGCCACCCAAAAAAAAGACCAAACGAGGUGGAAAGGGAAAACUCGUUUCUGAACAAAAGAAUACACUUGACAAGGUGGAAAGUAGUCCAGAUCCAGCAGUGGUUUAA